CCUACAUUUUUUCCCUAUUUUAUUUGGCCAGGUACAAAUGAUCAGAAUCAGCGCCAUUUUCUGAAAGAAGAGUGGCGGCAUUCUAAAGUAUUGCAGGUUAACACGUGGUUGGUGUUAUGCGGCGGAUGGACGUUGCACGUGUUCUUUUAAAAAGAUCUUAAACAUUUAUAAUUCGAGAAAUGUCAGUAUGAAUAAUACUUAUUUCGUUAGUUAUAAUAACGCAGUGAUUUAAUGUCAACAAGGGGUACUGCUUAUAAAUAAUGUAUCAAAGAAAGAAAACGUGAAAUCAAUGCUAGAAAUUGUGAUACAAACGAUUAAACUUCAAUAGGAUUUUUUAUUAAUAAUUAUUUCUUAUUACUUAAUGAAUGAAGCUUUAAACUGUCGAAAUGGCUAGUGAACAAAGUAUUGUAAAUGAACUUGAGAAGAUUGUCCAGCAUGACGUAACCUUAAAGAAUGAAACUUGCCAGUCAAGUACUGAAGCUCAUAUGGUUUUUGAAAAACCUAUAUCUGAAGUUGAAACUGUUACAAAUACAGAAUUUGUACAAAAUUGUAUAGUGGAGACAAAUUCUGAGAUGACAAAAGAUGCUGUGGAUACAAUGGAAAUAGAUGAUGGUAUUUUGAAAAGUAACGUGUUACCAAAUGUUGCGAUAAACCAUGAUACUAAUGUUGAAAAACAUUCAGAGAGUAGUGAUAAUCAAAUUUUUAAUGGUUGUAAUAAUACAGAAGAUAAGUUUAGCUUGGAGCAAAGGGAAUUACCAACUGUAAUGAAGAAUCAUGGUUCUACAGAUGAUAACACCAAUGUACAACCAUUACAUAUUGCUGAUAAGUCAGCAAAUGCAAAAGUUCAACAAAUUGCUAUUGAUACUAAAGUAUCAUCUCUUGGAGCUUUGGCAAUAGCUUAUGAAAAUUCAGAUUCUGAAUCUGAGUCAGAAGAAAAGACAAUGGGCACAUGUAAACCAUGCGAGAAAGAUAUUCUGGUUGACAAAAAGCAAUCUAUAAAGGAAUAUAGAGUAACGGAACGAGCAUCGUCUGAUGAUGAAAAUGAAAUGGAUAGUGAAGAAGAUUCUAGUAGUAGUAGCAGUAGUAGUAGUGAAAGUUCUGCAGAUAGCGAUGGUGACGCAGCAUCACAAAGUGAUGAUAGCACAAACAGACAUAAGAAAACAAGAAAAUCAAAGUCUGUCAAAAUAAAAGAUGAAAAGGGUGAGCUGGAUGAUCUUCCACCAAUCGAAGAUUUAAAAAUCAGUGUACCUGAAGUUCUCUGUGAUCCAUUGGGAGAGGUUGGUUGGAUGGUGGAUCAAUUAGUAGUAGUUCGUCCUAAACCUGAAAAACCCACACUUAAUCUGGACACAGUUCUAUUUGUGGAUAGAGGACGCAGAGUACUAGGUCGAGUGUUUGACGUAUUUGGUCAGGUAGCUGAACCCCAUUACUGUGUACGUUUCAACAGUUCUAAACAUAUUGAGGAAUGUGACAUAAAAGUAGGCAUGACUGUGUACUACUGUCCAAACACGCCAUACACAACUGUAGUCUUUCUACAUGAUCUGCUAAAGAUGAAAGGGACCGAUGUUGGCGGGGAUGAUGAACAUCCAGAAUUUUCGGAUGACGAGGAAGAACGAGCUUAUUACGAAAAAUUGAAAAAACAGAAAAAUGAAAAGACUAACAAGCAAACACCGGAUGUUCCAUCAAAACGAAAACGUUCGAAUGCAGAUUGGCAAUCAGGUCAUCCUUGGAGUAGCAACUGGAAAUCUCAGAAUAACGACCAUGGAAAUCAACCAUAUAAUCACGGUAUGACUGAGUGGGGUCCAAAACCCCGACAAUCAAGUGCACAUUAUCCCCAAAAUUCAUGGCCUCGUCUGCCAUUUCAAAGAAAUCCUUGGUCGCAACAACAUACUUUUCAAAAAAAUACUUGGCCACAUCCCACACCCAUGCAAAUGCACUCUAUGCAAAGCGCUUAUCCAGUACAGUGCAAUACAGAAACUUCUGCGAAUACAUCAAAUUCAGCACAGGGAACUCAACAGAGUCAAUACGAUGUCCAGUAUUCCUUUAACCAACAGCAAAAUCUUAUGUACAAAAAUGAUGAUGCUUAUGACCAGUCACCACGAUUUGGCUCUGGUUUUGAAUACUAUGCUUCAAGCAGUCCAAAUACAUUUUCAUGCCCGCCAAUGAGAUUUCCUCGCAUGCAGUGGAAUUCACGACCAGCACUUCCUCCUGGACAACCAGGUAUGCCGUGGCUUCCACUACCACCACCACCACCUCCACCGUGUACAUAAUUUCUACUUAAUCACUCAUUCAAUUCAAUCAGAACUGUUUUUCUAAUUUCUGUAUCCUGCUCUUUUAAGGAGUCUUGAUUUCUAUUAUUAGCAAGAAAAACAAUCUAUCAGUGGUGGAUUAUAAAUUUAACUUCUCUGUCAUAACAGUGCAUGUUGGGGCUCCGGUGCGAUAAUUCUAUUAAGAAUUAUAAUACAAGCCCGUCAUUUACUAUCGAUCAUAUUAAUCAGAGUUGCAUAAUAUUGGAUAAAUAAAAUUGAUUAGAAUUAUA